AUAAAUAUCAAGAAAAUCAAUUUUCAUCUUUUGCAGUUUUCUCUCUAGCGCUCAUCGAUCUGCUUCCUCAAUACACUCUAGAUUCGUUUCAAUCGUCGUCGUCGUCGUCUCUGCUAAUCAUGGCUACCGCUUCAGUUGCAUUCAAAUCAAGAGAGGACCAUAGGAAACAGAUGGAAUUGGAAGAGGCAAGAAAGGCCGGGCUUGCACCAGCUGAGCUUGAUGAGGAUGGAAAAGAAAUUAACCCUCACAUUCCACAGUAUAUGUCCUCAGCACCUUGGUAUCUCAAUGCCGAGAAACCUAGCUUAAAACAUCAAAGGAAAUGGAAGUCGGAUCCUAAUUACACCAAGUCAUGGUACGACAGGGGUGCCAAGAUAUACCAGGCUGACAAAUAUAGAAAAGGCGCCUGUGAGAACUGUGGAGCAAUGACCCAUACUGCCAAAUCUUGUAUGGAAAGGCCUCGUAAACUAGGAGCAAAGUGGACGGGGAAAAGUAUUGCCCCAGAUGAGAAAGUAGAGCAGUUUGAGCUAGAUUAUGAUGGUAAAAGGGACCGCUGGAAUGGUUAUGAUGCUGCUUCUUAUGUCCAUGUUGUUGAUAGAUAUGAAGCCAGGGAUGAAGCUAGAAAGAAAUAUCUGAAGGAACAGCAGCUUAAGAAGUUGGAGGAGAAGAACAAUAAUGAAAAUCAGGAAGGUGAUGCUAGUGAUGAUGAAGAUUUGGAAGAUGCUUUGAAGGUAGAUGAAACUAAGGUCGAUGAAAGUAAGCAGAUGGAUUUUGCAAAGGUCGAGAAGCGUGUGCGCACUACAGGAGGUGGUAGCACUGGGACUGUCAGGAAUCUACGUAUUCGAGAAGAUACUGCCAAAUAUCUUCUUAAUCUUGAUGUCAAUUCUGCCCACUAUGACCCCAAAACCCGGUCCAUGCGUGAAGACCCCCUUCCAGAUAUGGAUCCAAAUGAGAAGUUCUAUGCUGGGGAUAACCAAAAUAGAUUAAGUGGUCAAGCACUGGAGUUCAAGCAGCUCAAUAUUCAUGCUUGGGAAUCUUUUGAGAAGGGCCAUGACAUCCAUAUGCAAGCAGCUCCCUCCCAAGCUGAAUUGCUUUAUAAAAAUUUUAAAGUCAGUAAAGAGAAAUUGAAGGGCCAGACCAAGGACACCAUCAUGGAGAAAUAUGGCAAUGCAGCUAGUGAGGAAACACUUCCUAGGGAACUUUUACUGGGUCAAAGUGAGAAAGAAGUUGAAUAUGAUCGAACUGGCAGGAUUGUGAAGGGACAGGAGAUGUCUAUUCCUAGGAGCAAAUACGAAGAGGACGUUUUCAUCAACAAUCACACCACUGUUUGGGGUUCCUGGUGGAAGGACCACCAAUGGGGUUACAAGUGUUGCAAACAGACCAUCCGAAACAGUUAUUGCACAGGAACAGCUGGAAUUGAAGCAGCUGAAGCUGCAGGUGAUCUAAUGAAGGCCAAUAUUGCUCGCAAAGAAGCUACAGAAGAUGCCCAUACACCAAUUGAGCAGAAGAAACUUGCUACAUGGGGAACUGAUGUACCGGAUGAUUUGGUUCUGGAUGACAAAAAAUUGGCUGAAGCACUCAAAAAGGAGGAUGAACGGAGAAGGGAAGUGACAGAUGAAAGGAAACGGAAAUAUAAUGUGAAGUAUGAUAAUGAGGUCACACCCGAAGAAAUGGAGGCAUAUAGGAUGAAGAAGAUCCACCAUGAUGAUCCAAUGAGGGAUUUUCUGCAUUGAGAUGUUGAUAAUAUGUUAUCCUUUAGUUAUUUCCUUGAGCCCGAUGUAAUAUUGUCAAAUUUGAAGUUGGUUCAAACUCUGUAUCGGUGUCAUAGGUUUGAGACUAAACUGUUGAGAGUUUGCCUUCCCUUUAAAUGUACCAAAAAGAUUACUUGUUUCAAUCGAAAUAGUGAAUGUACAUAUGGAUCCUUGUUCUCAUUCUCCAUCUUGAAUACUAAGAAAAUGUUUGAAUAAAGGUUAUUAUUAUUAUU